UACAGUUGUAAGUCAGUCAAAUAAAGUGCUACUGCCCAAACCUUUGUUUAAUCCAUUGUUCAAUCCAACAGCUGGUGUACAGAGGCCUCAAUCAAGUGUACACCAAAUGACAAACACGAACAGACCUCCAUUUAAUCCAUUGUUCAAUCCAACAGCUGGUGUACAGAGGCCUCAAUCAAGUGUACACCAAAUGACGAACACGAACAGACCUCCAUUUAAUCCAUUGUUCAAUCCAACAGCUGGUGUACAGAGGCCUCAAUCAAGUGUACACCAAAUGACGAACACGAACAGACCUCCAUUUAAUCCAUUGUUCAAUCCAACAGCUGGUGUACAGAGGCCUCAAUCAAGUGUACACCAAAUGACAAACAUGAAUAGACCUCCAUUUAAUCCACUGCUCAUGGGGGUUCAAAGGCCAUCAAGUACCAUUACUGGACCGCAAACUGCUGGAUAUGGACAUCACACAUCAAAACCAGGUAUUGCACUAAAACAACAAGUACCCAAUGAAGCUACAGUGACGUCAACAACUCAGAAUAUACCUGGUCAAACAACAGCUAACCUAAAGAGACCAGCAGGAAGUCAAUUUCCUAUCAUGACCAAUCCAACCAGACCUGUAGCUGGUCAGGUUCCAACAAUUGACAUUCCAAUCAGGCCUGCAGUCGGUCAAAAUCCAUCAACAGCAAAUCCCAACAGACCUGAUCCUAGUCAAGUUCCAGAUGGAAGUUUUCUGAUUAGACCUGCUAAUGCAUCAGCUUCAGUAAGUUUAAAUAGACCUUCAGUUGCUACAUCAGGACCAAAUACUGUGCCAAAUAGGCCUCAUCAAGUUCCUUCAGUGAACAACGUAAGGCAACCCAACUUGGUUCCAGGACAAGCUAAUAAUGGACAUCAGUUUAUUGUGCCAGUACUUGCAGACCAUAACUCCGUUCCAUCAAACAACAAACCGACCAAUAAAUCUGUUACUGUUAACAGAGAUGAAUUUCAAGAUCCUGCCAUUGUCCAAAAUCAAAAUCCUACAGUUGUUAUUCCUGACGAAGAAUCCACACCUGAAAUGAAGAGGAAAGAAGCAAAACAGAAGUUAAGGCAGGAAAUGACCAACAUGUUUCCAGAUAUUGACCCAACAUAUGUUGACCAGUUGUAUGACAGAUUACAAGAUCAUAACUGGCAGAUGAUUAUCAACAAUGCCUGUAUGUUAAUACUGGAAAAUCCACAAUAUCCUAAAAAAUCUGAAAAUAAGCCUCAACCUCAAGUACCAAAGACAUUACCUAAGACUGAUUAUUACAAAGAAUACAGCAGCCAUGUUACUGGUUCCUACAGAAACCAGUGUGAGAUGCUACUACAGUCAGAAUUCAAAUGGAUCUCUCUUAAAGAUAUAAGAAACAUUAUGAAAUGUUUUAAUGGGCACUAUGCUCCUUCUCAUAAAGUAAUGACAACUAUAAUGAAAAACAGGGCCCAGGAGUUCACUAAGAUAAAAGAAAGUAACCCGUUACUGCACCCUUAUUCUCAAGCCAAGGCAGAAAUUAAAGUGGAUGGAGUUUAUGGUGAAAGAACUAUCAGCAUGCAGUUUCUGAAGUGUGGUAGACCUUUGAGAAGUGAAGUUCCUGUCUGUCCAGAGUUAGUUCAGGAGAAAGAAUUUAUCAGAAUUAAAACAGAGGAAGAAACAAAGGAACAGGACCAUAUAAUGGCAGUCAGUGUUAACGAACAUGAGUAUGAAGAAAGUGGUCAGUUGAUAGAGUGUGGUUGUUGCUAUGGUGAAGUGGCAUUUGAGAUGAUGAUUCAGUGUUACGAGGGGCACCUGUUUUGCCAGGAGUGUCUUGAAAGAUAUGCCAAGGAGUCUGUAUUUGGACACGGGAAGGCAGACUUAUUGUGUAUGACAGAUGGGUGUGAUGCAUCCUACCCCAUGAGUCAAUUACAGAAAGCUCUGUCCAGUAAUAUUUUGUCCAAGUAUGAAGAUAGAGUCCAGGAAGAAAAUAUCAACUUAGCAGAUUUAGCAGAUCUAGUUAGAUGUCCUAGUUGUGAUUUUGCUGCCCUUAUGGACCCUGAAGAUAAAGUAUUUAAAUGUCAUAACCAUACAUGUUUGAAGGAAACAUGUCGUUAUUGUAAAGAGGAUUGGACAGAACAUUUUGGUAAAAGAUGUGAGGAAAUUGAGAAGAAAGAUGAAGUUAAGCUCAGACUGCAGUUUGAAGAGAAGAUGACUGAAGCCAAUAUAAGAACAUGUCAUAAAUGUAAAGCAAAGUUCACUAAAUCAGAUGGCUGCAAUAAAAUGACCUGUCGAUGUGGAUCAAAAAUGUGUUAUAUUUGUAGGAAACCUAACAUUGAUUAUGAUCAUUUCUGUCGGCACUUUAGAGAUCCAAACAAAGGCAAACAUUGUACUGAAUGUACAGCCUGUUCUCUGUGGUCAAAUCCUGAGCAAGAUGAUGAAAGAGCUGUAGCAGAAAUAAGAAAAGAAGCUGAAGAAGUUAGGAAAACUAUGGGAUAUGAUGAGAAAUUGAUUGGUGCUCCAGAUGAACCUCCAAGUAAAAAACCCAGAAUAGUGCCUCCUGGACACCCUCAUGCUCAAGUUGUGUAAUAUUGGAUAAAAAACCCAUAAUAGUUCCUCCUGGACACCCUCGUGCUCAAGUUGUGUAAUAUCGAAUGUUCAAUAGUACAAAAUUCUCAGGACCAGUUAUGCAUAGCACCUUAUCAUUUAUGAUCAAUUCAAUGAUUGAUUGUUAUAAAGGAAAGAGUUGGAUGAGGAAUUGGAGACAAAGAAGAUUGUUGCUGUUUCUUGGAUAAACAUUUUCUAAAGUCAUAAUAUCGGUAAAAAUCUUGUAAAAAUGUUUGACUUGUGUGACAUUUUAUAGUUUUCAAUUUUAUCAAAAGUUGCUUGUGGCAUGCAAAUGUGCAAAUGUCAUAUCAGCUUUUCUUAUAAGGCAAUGUUGAGGUAAGGAUGAGAUAUGAAGUAGUUUUAUUUCCAAAGGUGCUCUAUUUUUUAUUGUUUAUCAUAUUAUGUACAGCUAUGGUUAAAUGUGAUGAUGAAAUAAACAACAGAUCUGGGAUCACUUCAUCAAAAUGAAAUAUAAAAACUGAGAAAGAUAAACAAAAGUUAAUGUUAAAUAUGAUUUCAAUCUGUUUAAUAUCUGAAUGUUUUAUAAUAUCAGAAAUCAACAGUUUGGUGUGAAUUAGUUGGUUUUGUUCUAAAUGAGCAAUAAAAUUUUUAACUUUUGUUAAAAAUACAAGGAUAAAGUACCAACAGGGACUAUUGUAGAUUUGUUUUGAUCACAGGUUACUGUAGUAUAAUACUGUUUGAGAUACUUUAUAUGAGAGAAUCCUGAAGUUUGAUGGUUGGUGAUAAAUCAUUUUCUGGUUGAGAAUCUGCAUGUAUACCAUAUUAUCUGUAGUGGUCAUAUAACUGUAUUUUGUCUGAUUUGAAUUCGGAAUUUACAAGUCAGAGAGCAAAUUGAAUUAAUUUAGUGCUAAACAAAUAUGAACGCUAUUUAGUGCUAAAAGUUUUACACAAAUCACGUUUGUUGUAUUUUAUUUUACGAAAGAGUGUUGAAGGUUUAAAAACAGGUUGUAUGUUAUAAAUUAAUAUAUAUCACACUUUUGAACACAUGUUUCAUUGGAAAUCUUUUUUAGUAAAUUUAUACAACACAUUUUAUCAACAUUGGCAGAAUAUGUUUGAAAUAUUAAUUUCCGUUGUAGGAAACAUUAUCUGUAUUAUUGAUUAUAGACAAUGCAGUAAUCAGUUUAUCAGUUUUUUAAAUGGAUUACAAAUUUUAAAGAAACAUGUUUUGUUGUCACACAUGCUUGUAUAAAUUUAUGUUUGGAUAGAAUUUUUCAUUGUUAGUUUUAGGUUUCUUAAGAAAUUCUGGUUCCUUGUUUUAGAAUUUUACUGAAACAGAAUUUCUUUCUUGAUAAAAAUAUAUGAAUGAUGUAAAAAGAAUCGCAAUAUCGAAAUGAGUUAAACCCAGAUUGGAAUGAAAUUUUGUGUUAUCAUAUACAAUUCACACAAUAUAGAAUGGACAUGUGUAGAGAGAUAAAACUUUUUUUUAUUUGAUAGAAUCAGUAGGUCCUUCCAAUCAUCCUUUUUUACCAAAUUAGAAUGAGUUAACAAUCAUUUAUCAAAAUAACAUAUUACUGAUAGUAGCACCUUGAGUGUUAUAGAUUUUGUAACAGAGGAGACAAGGCAGGAAACAGAAUAUGGAAUUGGUCUAAUUUAAGUUUAUUGAUUAAUAGCGAACUAAAUUUUAAUCUAUGUUGGUAACAUCAAAAGGAGAAGUGGAAACCACUUUUGGUCAUUCUGUUUGUCUGUCCGUCAAAAGAUGCUGAGACACAUGAUUUCGCAAAGUGUUUUUUUUUGUAUCUAUGAACAGAAAUAAUCUCUAUUAGGUUUGCAGCUAGAUUGUUGAGUUUAGCAUGUAAGUUAUUUACAGAUCUGCUACUUCCUGUUAACCAAUAAUUUGAAAUUUUACAACAGUCAUGUUUUAAAUAGAAAAUGUUUGUCAAUCUUUACUUAGCUUCUAUGAAAGCAAAUAAUUACAAAGAAAAUUUCAUAGUUUCAUAAAUCAUCUUCAUCAGCCAUGUUUCAGUAAAUAAACAUGUCACCAAUUAAAUGCAGCAAUACCAGUCCAAACCUGGUAUUGGUCUUGUUUUGUUCACAUUUGAGAAGUUAUUUUUAAGGAACAUGACUAAAUAUAAGAUAAAAAUAAAUUUGACAAAAAACUAUAUUCUAAAAACAAAUUAGUCAAUAACCAGCAAGAAAUUUAAUAUUUUUAAGUAAUAAGGCUUUUUUCCACAGAGAACAGAUAGUUCUGUAAACAUUAUCAAAUGUUUGUGCCAAAUUAGAGAUUAUUUUAGGGAAAUAUCUUGCGUUGAAAAUAAAAAUAAAUAUUAUUUGCAU